CGAGGACUAGAGGAACCGCGCGCAGAGACACCGUUCUCGGUAAAACAGAGAUGCGCGUUAUUGACCAAAGCUCUCGGACAGCGAGUCGCGCAAAUACGGAUGUGAAGACGGUGUAACAUGCCGUGGAGAGCCGCGGACACCGACCUUACUGCCUUCUCCCAACCUGUGAAUCCGUAUCUCUGAAGGAGAAGGUAGCUACAGGAAGGGGAAGAGGUUUUGAUCAUGGGGAACGAGGCGAGCAUGGAGGGUGGCGACGGCGCGCUUGCCGGGGAGCUCACAGGUCCAGAGGCGGAGCUCAGCCGCCUGAGCGAGGAGGAGCGGAGGAAGCUCAUCAGCACCAUGGCAGAGGCGCAGGCCAGGUCUUCAGAGCAUCAGCCGUCUGGAGGAAGAGGUUCUGGGGGCCUCAGUAAGAGUCGAACAGUAGAUGCAUUCGGAGAGGGUCCACCUCCCAAGCCAAAGCCAGGACGCAGCCCUUCCUCCCUUAGCCUUCUUGAGUCCCGUUUUCGGCAAGAGCCCAAAGACCCUGAGCAGCCUCGCACCGGCAUGUUUUCCUCAUCCUUUCUAAGUGGGGUUUCGUCCGCUGUCUCCUCUGCUAGCAUCCCCAAAUUCAGCCUUUUUGGUGAUGAUGAAGAGGAUGCAGCCAAACAGGGACCAAAAUCCCCUGGCCCACAGCAAGGUUCGUCCAAAGGACAAGGACCCCCAGGGCAGAAACAGGGAGCUGCACCGCAGGGACCUGGGGGAAAGCCUACUGGGCCUAGUCCUGGACCUGGGCCUCAACAGCAAGGACCUAAACCUAAAGACUCUGGGCCCCAGCAACAAGGUCCUGCUAAAACAGAUAAAGGAGGAUCCGGCAAACCAGGUGGGCCACAGCAAGGCCCAGCCAAAGCUGCACCUCACCCUGGUGGGACUGCACAACCUGGUGGACUGCUUUGUCCUCUAUGUAAAACUACUGAACUAAACUUGCAGGCCAAAGACCAGCCACCCAACUACAGCACCUGCACACAAUGCAAACAACAGGUGUGCAGUCUGUGUGGAUUUAGUCCUCCUGACUCAGAGGGUAAAGAAUGGCUAUGUCUAAACUGCCAAAUGCAAAGGGCAAUGGGGGGUAUGGAACCUCCUGGCCCUCCAAUGAUGAAACAGCCUCCCAAGCAGGGCUCGGCCCCUCCAUCUCCACAGAGGAAGGAACCACCAGCUGGGUUGCCCUCAAAAGAUGAACCAGGUAAGAAGCCCCCAAUGCUGACCAAGCAGCAAAGCAUGUCGGAUACAGGAAAAGGAGCCACUCCACCACAAACUCCCAAACAGAAGAGUACUGGUCCAGUGGCACAACAGAAGCCCACUAAAGGCCUGGAGGAAGCACAACCUGGACCAAAAGGUGGACAGCAGCCAUCUCCACUUCAGAAAGCUGAACAGAGUCCAAUGGGCAGUCCCCAACCCUCUCCUGCAAAAACCACCCAAAAGCAGGAUGGUGGUGGCUUUUUUGGAGGCUUCGGUCUUGGAGGGUUGACAGACAUGACAAAACCUCCUGCAGAGUCAGUUACAGGGAAAUUAUUUAGUGGUUUUGGCUCAUCCAAACCACAGGGUGGCACUGCGCCACAGGCAAGUGACUCAGUUACUGGGAAGCUUUUUAGCGGGUUUAGCGGACUGACUGAAACACCUAAGCCACCCGUGGCCACUUCUCAGUCAACUGAGGGUGUAUCUGGAAAGAUGUUUGGGUUCGGUUCAACCAUCCUAGGCUCAGCCACCAACCUCAUCACUGGGGAAGAACCGAAGUCUCCUCCAGGGUCAUUGUCUGACUCCACCAUUGGCUCUGGAUCAAAAUCUACUCCAGGCUCUCCUCUAGAUUCUGCAUCCCCACCAGACACCCCACCAGUCUAUUCCAAAGAGCCUACUUCACCCAAACCUGAGUCCACUGAUGAAAAAGUCCUAGCAGAUAAACCCAUCUCAGAAGCUGCAAAAACAGAAGAGCCUCAGACAACCUCCAACUGUCCACUCUGUAAAGUUGAACUCACUGUGGGAUCAGCAGAUGUGCCCAGUUACAGCACCUGCACAGAGUGCCAGAAAACUGUCUGCAACCUUUGUGGAUUCAACCCCAUGCCACAUCUCUCAGAGAAUGAGUGGCUAUGCCUGAACUGCCAGACCCAAAGGGCUCUCUCUGGACAACUUGGGGACAUGCCACCUCCACCUUCUCCUUCAAAGAUGCCAGCUAAAUCCCAACCUACCCCUCCCUCUUCCCCAGCCAGAACUGUCUCCUCAACUCCUUCAACUCCUGCUCCUACUGUCACUGCUUCCCCAUCCAAAGCACUCGUUCGGACCCCUAGUGUAACUCAGGCUCCAGCUGACAAGUCUGAGCAUGACUCAGUCACAGCUGAUGCUAAGCUUGUAGUAGAGUCAGCUGCAGUGAAACAGGACGAGGAGAGCACACAGAAAAAAGAAGAUGCUGCUAGGCCUGUGGAAGACAAAGAGAUUCUGAUGAAACCUAAAAACAAAGACAGCGACAGUCAAGAGUAUAGCCCUACAAGUCCUUCAGAUUUGGCCAAGUUAGAGAGUACUGUUCUUCCAAUACUUGAAGCUAAAGCAACAUCUACUAAAGAUCAGUUACAAAGUGAGUCAGUCAUCACUGAAUGCCAAAUGGAGGUGUCCCCAAAGGACUCUCCAAAACUCACCUCCGAAGAAGACAUUCACAGAAAUGAUCAAGAAGAAGUGAAUGAUGCUGUAGGCCCUACAAAAGUGAGGAAAAAGCUGCUUGUCCCAACAGAACUUAAACAAAAUUUUCUGGAUGACAGUAGUGAGGGAGAAUCUUCACCGCUCACUGAUAAUGAAAAUAAACCAGGUGAAGUAAUAGAAAGGGACAGUGCAGGGUCAUCAGAUAAAGAUAUUAUGGCGAUAAGUAUUCAUGAGGACUUAUCACUAUCUGUUGAGGAAAACCUUACUAAACAGAAAAUAAUUGAUCAUGAAAAUAAGCUACUAGAAGAAGAUGUAAAGAAGGAUAUCAAGAAGAAUGAGUCAAGCAAGGCAAGGGGUCUUGUCAAAAACAGUAGUAUUAACCCUGAAGAAGAACUAGACUGCAAAAGUAUCAUUUCUGUGGCUAAAAUUGAGGAACUAGGUAAAAGAGAACAGACCACAGAAGACAAUGGUGCUGGCAUUCGCCAUUUCAAAACAAUCGAACUCAACACUGUGGCCACUGUUCGUCAGGCUUCAGAUGAUGGUGAACUUGAGAGCCUUACAGAUUCCCCUGAUGACAGGUCUAGAGGGGAAGGCUCCUCAAGCCUACAUGCAUCUAGUUUUACUCCAGGCACUUCUCCAACCUCACUAUCUUCUCUUGAUGAAGACAGUGAUAGCAGCAGUCCAAGCCAUAUUAAGAGCAGUGGUGAAGGCAAACAGCACAGGAAAGCCAAGCACCGGCAGCCAGGCCAAAUGCUACCUACCAUUGAAGAUUCAUCAGAAGAAGAAGAGUUGCGUGAGGAAGAAGAGCUCUUAAAAGAACAGGAGAAGCAAAAGAAUUCCAGUAAGAAAUCAAAGAAAGAUAAAGAGGAAAUACGAGCACAGAGAAGGCGAGAGCGACCUAAGACUCCACCAAGCAACCUUUCACCAAUUGAAGAUGCCUCUCCAACAGAAGAGCAGCGUCAGGAAGCAGAGAUGGAGGAAUUCCGUAGAUCCUCUUGUUCAGAUUUCUCCCCAAGCAUGGAAUCUGAGCCAGAAGGUUUUGAGAUUCUUCCAGAGAAGAUUGCUGCUGUUCAAAAAGUGUAUCAUCUGCCAACAUCUGUCUCUUUGUAUUCUCCAACAGAUGACCAACAUGCUAAUAAGCAAUCCAGGGAAAUCACAGAAAAUCAGCCUUUGCACACUUCAUAUGACGCUUACGAGGAGAUAAUGCUCAGAACAAAAUCUCCAACUAUAGAGGACAUUCCACCUGGAAAAGAGUCUCUAUAUGGCGGUAUGCUAAUUGAAGAUUAUGUCUAUGAAUCGCUGGUUGAAGAAACACAUGUAGAGAAAGAACAAGAUAAAAUUUCUGUGCCUGAAAAAGCAAGAAAAUUGAGAUCACCAGAUGAAGUAUAUGAGGACAUGAUGCAGAUAAAGAAAGAGAUGUUGCUUAAAGAGCAACAGCUAAAAGAAAAUAAUGCAAUGAAAGAAUUCCACACAACAGACACAACUGAAGAUGGUGUCUUUUCUUGUACCAAAGACACACCUGACACAAGACAAGAGACCAUCUCCACAAGCAUUUCUGGCCAGUUUGGGAAGGAUGGGAAACCACUGUUAAAUGCAGAGGAAGCCUAUGAGGAGCUUAUGAAAAAACAGAGAGCAGUCCUGACACCAGGCACCAGCCCAACACAAACAAUUCCUGAUUUCAGUGACAGAGCACAGGAAAUAGAGGUUACUACUUCUGCAAAAACAGGGACUUUUCCUCAAAGAAGAAUUCUCCCUAUACCGGAUCUUACAGUGACUCAGUGUUCCUCAGGUGAAGAGGAAUCUGGUGAAGAGAGCCCUGCAGAUCAAAAUCAGGAUGAUAAAACAGUUUCAGUUUUUACAUCAGAUUCUACACCUACUGCAGUGACUGAGCCAUCAUUUGAUGUCACGUUAUCUCAGGAAAGAACUGAACCUUCCGUUUCAAAGCCAGCUUCAGAGCCUGUUAUGGAUUCCAUUUCAUCAAGUGAAGAAUCAACAUCACAGCCAGGGUCAUCACAGGCUCCCAUGGUUGAACCAACAGACCAGCCUGGUGUUGUCGAUUUGUCAAAGUCUUCAGUCUUGACUCAAGAGAAUUCUUCACUGAUUCCUAGUGUAGUUUCUAGACCUUCUGUUCCAGUUACAUCACCUUUACCCACUGUACCACAAUAUGCUCCAACAGUACCCAGUGUAAUAUCGACUGCCCCCCCUGUCCCUCCCAAGCCAGUAGUCCUACGUAGGGGCGCAUCUCAGGAAAAAACAGAUAUUCCUGCUCCCCCUCCUCUGCCACCACCUACUCUACCUAAGCCUGCUCUUUAUCCCAAAAAGAUUCCACCUCAGGUUCCACAAAGAACAGUUGUAGCUGGUAUUCCAAGUACAGGUCCAAGUGCACCGAUGAGGCACCCUAUGGCACCAAAUUACAAGCCACAUGCUCCUCCCCCUGUCCCACCAAAGCCAUCCACAAUUCCCGCAGGCCUGACAUUUAGCCAUAGACCAGUUGAGGCAGUCAAGCCACCCAUAGCUCCAAAACCCAUGUCAAAUGCCCAGCCACUUUCUUCUAUUUAUUCCCCAGUCAGACCAAGCAUACUCCCAACGAGCAGUGAAGAUGGUGCUUUGAAUCUGAGUCCUGCAUCUGAGAUUAAAACAGGGCCUACGUCACCAAUAAAAACCCCUACAUCUCCUAGGUUUGGGAAGUCAUUAUAUGAUACUUAUGUGGUUAUUACUCUGCCAUCCCAGCCUGGUUCACCCAUAGAGGGUGUCACUACCCAAGCCCCAACAAGUUCUGGUCCCUCAUCACCUAGCAAACAGUCUCAUUUACAGUUUGAUUUUCAGUCACAGCCACAAACACAAGUACCACCACAGCCUCAAAUAACUAGAGUACCGUUAGCUUUCACAAAAAUAACAGAAUCAAUAGAAAGACAAGAAAUAUGUGAUCCAGAAAAGGUCAUUUCAAGCAUGAGUCAUGUCAUUGAGGCAAUUUCAGCUGCACAGCCUUCAUCUGUAACUCCAAAUGUUGAUGUCCAGGUAGUAACUACUGAAGUCCAAAGAACAACAGUGUCUGUUAUGCAUGGAAAAACACCUCCUCCACCUACAACUCCAAGAGCCUUUGGGAUACCAGCAGUCUCAGGAGACAUAAAAUCUCAACCAGUAGCAGUACAGAAUGGACAUGCUUAUCAUUCAGGAGUGAUUGUUGAUCUGCGCGCUCCAAAAUCAGAUGCAGAGAUAUGCAUGAAAGGUAUAGAUCUGUCAUCAUCAGAGUCACAACGGCAGUCCUUCCUGGCUGAUGGGCGACAGCAAAGUGCAGUACAGUCAUCUAUAAUAAACUUGAGCACUGAUACUUCAUCAGUGUCUGUUGCAACUGACAGCAUGACCAUUGUCACUUGUACAGCUACUAUAGCAUAUGCCAACAAUAAUCUUUCUCAUGCCACUUCAUUGCCUCUACAACUAACAACAGCUAAAUCCUUUGAACCCGUUUCCCAGAUUAUUUAUCGUCCUGUUGAUUCUCAGCCAGAAAAACCAAUAAAUCUUUCCACAGCUCUAGGUAAAUCACAUUCUGUUCCUGUGACAACAGCCCCUACAGUUGCAAAUAAUGGUGUUAGCACAAGUAUUCCACCUCAACUGGAAACUUGUGCAUCUGGUGCAGUUGACCUCACAACAGUUAAGCCAGUACAGACUAUGGUGUCUGUAGAUGGUUCCUCUUUAGAUGUGGUUACAACAGUGAUCACAGAGGAUGAUGGCAAGCCAGUAGACCUAACAGCAGGAAGACGGGCAGUGUGUUGUGAUGUAGUGUACAAACUUCCAUUUGCUGGUAGCUGUGCCACUCAGCAACCCUCAACUCCAUUGCCAGAGGAUCGUUUUGGCUACAGAGAUGAUCACUACCAAUAUGAUCGCUCUCCAUAUGGCAUGAGAGGACUUGGUGGAAUUAAGCCUUCUAUGUCUGACACAAAUUUGGCAGAAGCUGGCCUCUUCCUGUACAAAAGUAAGAAUAGGUAUGACUACAACGGGGAAAUGGAGGGUGCGGUAGAUCUUACAUCUGGAAAAAUGUCUAUAGCAGGUGAAGCUGUGGAUUACUCAAGCAAAGCUACAGGGGUACUUACUGGAGCUACAAUCCCACAAUACUCUCAAGCCAGAAUAACUGUUGCUGUUGGAACUCACUUUGGAACUUCUAGUGUUCUGAGAUCUUCAAAUGGUGUAGUUUACUCCUCUGUAGCAGCACCAGUUCCUUCUACAUAUGCUAUAACUACCCAACCUGGAUCUAUUUUCAGUACAACAUACAAUUCUCUUUCAGGCAUGCACACUAGUGACACAAUGCCAUCAUUAUCAAAUCUGCAAAAUCAACCCCUCACUAGAUCACAAAGUUUCUUUUCCACUCUUGCUGUGACUACAUCAGAGGAGCAAGAUGACAUGCCUUUGAACUUGGAGAUAAGUGUUUCUAAGGAUAUUUUCCCUGCUGGUCAAACAGAGAAAGCUCCAUUGAUAACCACAGCAGCAUCACUGGACUACACAGAUGCCUCACUUGAGGCAAUUGCAGCGUCACUAGAAGCUCUCUCCUCACCCAUGAUUCCAGGUGAUGAAAAGUAUCAGAUGGAACGUGAGCUUCUUGAGCUGGAGAAGAUAAAACAGCAACGUCUUGCUGAGGAACUAGAAUGGGAAAGGCAAGAAAUCCAGCGCUUUCGGGAGCAGGAGCAACUUCUAGUACAGAAGGAGCUUGAGGAACUCCAGGCCAUGAAGCAGCAGAUCCUGUAUCAACAAGAGGAAGAGAGGCAAGCUCACCUCAUGAUGCAAAAAGAGACAUAUGCUCAGCAACAGGAGCAGUUGGAACAGAUUCAGAGACUCCAAGAGCAGCUGAGGCAGCAACUAGAGGAGCAAAAGUAUAGACAAAUGUAUCCGGGUGAGGUCCACGAGCAGACGCUUGGUCAUAUUGUAGGGACAGACAAAAAGAUGGACAGUGGUUGUCAGACUGAUGAAGAAGACAAUACAGAGAAAGCCUACACUGCUGGAAGAAAAAAGAAGAAUGCCAAGAAAAGUGUAGAUAGUUGUGUACAAACAGAUGAUGAAGACCAAGAUGAGUGGGAUGUUCCCACACGUGGCAGGCGUAGCAGACCACGAGGUGGUAAAUACAGUUCUGGUGAUAGUUGUGGAGUUUCAGUGCAGGCACUUACCGAAAUUUCUGUACAGACAGAUUCCUCAGGAACUCUUAAAGGGCACACUGUGCAGACGGACACUAGAAUUGAUUUUCCUAACUCUGAUAGAACUUCUCCUAAGAGACGCCCCACCCCUUUAGAAAUAAGCCAGUCUCCCCACCUCAAAACAGAAAACUCCUGUCUGCAGGUUUCUCCUGUUCCCCCCAAAUCCCCCAAAGUCCUUUAUUCACCAGUAUCUCCUUGUAUGUCCCCUAGUAAAUCUCUUGAAUUUGUUUCCUAUGAAAAAUCAAGUGGAGACACAAGCCCACAGAAAAUAUAUUCUGCAGAUCCAUCCAUAGGGGUCCCUGGUAGUCCGAGGGCAAAAGUCAUGCAGCGGUCACUGUCUGACCCAAAACCUAUGAGUCCUACUUCAGAAGAGAGAGCAGCCAACUUCCAAUAUUCCGAGGGUUACUCCGGUAAAGGAUCUCCAAGUAGCACUCCUACUGGCACACAAAAGAAAGUGAAGCGAACCCUUCCUAACCCACCUUCAGAGGAGGAAGCAGCUAAUACUGGCCAAACGGCAUACAGCACUGCUUCUGCCCGUCGCCGCCUUUGUCGAAGCUCCAACAUGGCAAGGGCAAAAAUUUUGCAGGAUAUUGACCGUGAACUGGAUUUGGUAGAACGGGAAUCCUCUAAACUUCGUAAGAAACAGGCCGAAUUGGAUGAAGAAGAGAAAGAGAUUGAUGCUAAACUGCGCUAUCUGGAGAUGGGGAUCAACAGAAGGAAAGAUGCUUUGCUUAAAGAAAGAGAGAAGAGAGAAAGGGCAUAUCUACAAAGUGUUGCAGAGGACCGUGACUACAUGUCUGACAGUGAAGUGAGCAAUAUACGAGAGACAAGAAGAAGUGAGGGUAGAGGGGAAGUGAGUGAACUUGGACUUGAAAGACCACAUACCGCUCCACAAUCAGAACUAGAUGAGUUUGUUCCUCCACAGACUAAAUAUGAAUAUGGCAAGUACUCCCAGUAUCAUUACCCACAAUAUCAGCAGUCCUUGUACCAGGCUCAACAGCCCUUCCAGUCCCAAUCCAUCUAUUCUUCUGUGCCCUCUCUGACUGCUUCACAGCAGCAAAGCUACCACCAAAUGUUGCUACUACAGCAAAAGGCAAGACAACAAGCUGCACUUUUGUCUGAACUGGAUGCCACCAAAGUGGCCACCAACUAUGAAAACUCAUCCUAUCUGGGAGGGAAGUAUGGCAAUCAUCUUGAUCUGCAUGGCCUGGAAGACCGUGGAGGCAGCAUGGCAGGAAGUCCCAUGUCCAAUGUGUCUGCAGACUCUUUCUAUGCUGACUUAGAUCAACAUCACCAAACACCCAGAAGUUACCUGCUCUUAGAGGAUGCAACUGAUCUUACCAAGAGCACAGCUGGUCUCUCGUCCACCAGUUAUGGAAUUGCUGAGAGGGAACUUGCCAAAGCAGAGUGCCUGCUGAGACGCACAGCAGCAGAUGUUGGCACUGAUUACCUUGGGAGCUCUUCAAGACUUCAUUCCUAUGGAAAAGCACAAGAUGAUGAAGACCCAAUGGAAGAACCAUAUGAGUUGAAGCUACUAAAGCAGCAACUGAAGCAGGAGUUUAGGAGGAGCACAGGAGGGACUGAGAGCUUAGAGCAAUUGGCUAGCCUCUCACAUCACUACACUCCUAGCACAGGUGUAACUAGUGGAGGCUAUAGGGCUUUCCCCAAGACAGAGAAAUACAGCAUAAGUAGAUUAACCUUGGAGAAGCAGGCAGCCAAACAGCUUCCAACAUCCAUGCUCUACCAGAAACACAAAAGUACCAGCAACAUUGGAAAAUACUCUAUCCAGGACAGUAGGGGUUUAGAUACAGAUUAUAGCAGCUACUUGGGAUCUAGUAGUGCCUCAACAAGAUCAAGCAGAUUAUUACAGGAUGAGAUCACUUUUGGGCUUCGUAAAAAUAUUGCAGAGCAGCAGAAGUACCUCGGUUCAACUCUAGGGGUCAAUUUGGCUGGUUCACUCAACUUAGGCCAGAGUCUGAACUUGAGUUCUGGUGUAAGGUCAUCUCUGGGAGAGGACUCUGCUUAUCCAAGUGGGAGUCGCUCCCGGCCUUCUUCUAGGCCUACCUCUAUGUAUGGCCUGGAUCUGUCUAUCAAAAGGGACAUCUCUAGCUCCUCCUUGAGGCUCAAAUCAGAGGGUGACACUUCCUCAGAGACUGCUGCCUAUCAGGCGCCAUCAGGUAGGACAAAGCCUACCAGCUUGCCUAUAGGUCAGGGUGGGCGUGGGCGAAUCCCAAUUGUGGCACAAAACUCUGAGGAAGAGAGCCCACUGAGUCCGGUGGGUCAGCCGAUGGGUAUGGCACGGGCAUCUGCAGGUCCGCUCCCGCCUAUAUCCGCCGACUCCCGUGACCAGUUUGGGUCAUGUCUCUCUCUUCAGGAUCCCCAGCAGCAGCACCUCAGGGAGGACCCUACUAGAGGACGCAGCUAUAUGCUCAUAGAUGACCUGCAGGGCACAAUGUCUGAUAGUGAAGCACUAAGUGAAUCCCUGGUGGGUCUGAACAGAGACGAUCCAGGAAACACACAUGAAAAUAUCACAGACGCAUACCAUCUCCGUCGGGAAGAGACUGACUGGUUUGACAAGCCGCGAGAGGAUGGACAGGGGCUGGACAGGAGACAGAUGAAGUCCCAGCAGUACCCAUUUUCCCAUGCAAGAAUAAAGCUACAGAGGGAUCCUAAAGACCGCAGUGUGUCAGGUCUUUGCAAUGGGCCUGCAGGCAACGGACUGGGCAUCCGCAUAAUCGGUGGUAAAGAGGUUCCAGGCAAUGAUGGAGAGAUCGGAGCAUACGUGGCCAAAGUCUUACCUGGGGGAGCAGCAGAACAGUCUGGAAAGAUUGUAGAAGGAAUGCAGGUCCUGGAAUGGAAUGGCAUCUCUUUGUCUGGUAAAACCUAUGAGGAGGUUCAGGCAUUGGUCAGUCAGCCAUGUUCAGAAGCAGAGCUCUGUGUCAGACUGGAUCUGAACAUGCUGUCAGACUCAGAGGGCUCCCACUUGGACCUUCAUGAGCAGACCAAAGCAGAACGGCCACCACGGUCUCCAGGUGUUGACCCCAAGCAAUUGGCUGCAGAGCUUCAAAAGGUGUCUCAGCAGCAGGCGCCCAGCUCCACAGCCUCCUCACUGACGGCUCUGGACAAAUCCUCGGCUUCAGGAGCUUCCAGCUCUGUGCCAAGCCCCGGGCAGCCUGCUUCACCUUCCGUUAGCAAGAAACGUCACAGCAAGACCUCAGAAUCUGCAAAGACCCAGUCUCACCCGAUCACAGGAGAGAUCCAGCUUCAAAUCAAUUAUGACAAGCAGUUGGGCAACCUCAUUGUUCAUGUUCUCCAAGCACGCAACCUGGCACCACGGGACAACAACGGCUACUCUGACCCCUUUGUUAAAGUCUACCUGCUGCCUGGAAGAGGUCAGGUCAUGGUUGUGCAGAAUGCCAGCGCUGAGAACAAAAGAAGAUCCAAACAUGCCCAGAAGAGCUUGAACCCUGAGUGGAAUCAAACGGUUAUCUACAAGAACAUCCAUCUGGAACAGCUGAGGAAGAAGACAUUAGAGGUCAGUGUAUGGGACUAUGACAAAUGCUCCUCCAAUGAUUUCCUGGGAGAGGUGCUGAUAGACCUGUCCAACACUGCUCAGCUGGAUAAUGUGCCCCGCUGGCUGCCUCUGAAAGAGCAGUGUGAAGGAGAGCACCAUCGGCGCUCACACUCAGGCCAGGGACGCCAACACUCAUCCAAAACGACCAGCGGGCACUCCCCCAAAACAUCUGGGCACAGCAAUCAGGACUCACCUAAAUCCUCUGUCAUCAAGAGUCGCAGCCAUGGCAUCUUCCCUGAUCCUGCCAAGGAUACACAGGUUCCCACUAUUGAGAAAUCUCACAGUAGCCCCAGCACGUCGAAGCCGUCUCCCUCAGAGGGCCAAGCCCGCUCCCAUGGAACCCCGCGCGCUCACGGCAAAAGUGGCGCAUCUCGGGCACACCCUGACGACACCAUGGCAACAGCUGAAGCUGCCAGUGAACAGCAUCGCCUCCAACCAACGUCCCGCAGCCAUAGAUCUGCUGAUGCUCCUGUUACUGCAGCCUCACUGGACAGCGGUCUGAGUGGCAGCGCCUUCAGCCUAUUGGAAGAAGAAGGAGAGACUAACGGAGUGGACAGCGCCAUCUUCCAGGUUCCGAGAUUCGGAAAGAUUCCAAAUGGAACUGACGUCGUGAAGUCAAUACACGGAGAAACUGAGGGUAAAACCCAGGUCAUGGGGGAGAUAAAGAUCGCUCUGAAGAAGGAGAUGAAGACCGAGGGAGAACAACUGGUACUGGAGAUCCUUCAGUGCAGAAACAUCACGUACAAAUUUAAGACUCCUGACCACCUGCCAGACAUGUACGUCAAGCUCUAUGUGGUGAACAUAGCCACACAGAAAAGGAUCAUUAAGAAGAAAACUCGGGUGUGCCGUCAUGACCGCGAGCCGUCCUUCAACGAAACUUUCCGUUUCUGCAUGAACCCCACUGGACAUUCCAUUCAGCUAUUCCUGGUAUCAAAUGGGGGCAAGUUUGUGAAGAAGACUCUGAUCGGUGAGGCCUACGUGUGGCUGGACAAGGUGGACCUGAGGAAGAGAGUGGUCAGCUGGCACAAACUGCUGGCCACCACAGCCCAGAUCCAGUCCUAGAGGAAGCAGAACUGUAGUUUAACACACACACACACACACUCUCUCUCUCUCUCUCUCUCUACAGGCUGUAGAGAAGUUACUACACUGAAAAACUUAGUCCCAUGUGUUUGAGGGAUUAUGCUAAUCUGCAUUGGGGUGAGGUGGGGAACAAGGAGCAGGAAGUGUGUCCUGCAUCUACACCGAUGUGCAUGGGGUUAACGGUAUAGCCUUAAGUAGGAAGUAGAGCAAACCAGGAUAAAGGGUUGUGUAAGUGUUGAGCUGAUUUCCAUACAUCUGUACACACACACAAAUGCACACAAACAUACUCUGACACAAGGCUCACUCACCUGUGUGUGUGUGUAUGUGUGAGCACAUAUAUUUGUAUCAACAUAAAUAGUCACCGGUCCACAAAAGACAGGAUGGGAAUGAAUAUGUUAUGUUCAUUCUUCUUACAUUGCACACUUUUUUUUUUGGACAUCUCACUGCCAAGUUCAGGUUUUGGAGCUCCUCACACAGAGAAAUUAUGUAUCAAUAAACUUUAACUAUCACUCUUAGAAGGAUUUAUUUAUGAUCGUUUGCAGAAGGUAGAUGAAAGCUAUUAUAUUAUUUUUGUAUGAUAGAUUUGAGUCAUUAUUAGAGUCACCUUUAUCACUCUGUUCUCUCUCUCUCUCUCUCUCUCUCUCUCUCUCUCUCAGAUGUUAUAAUUUGUUGGAAGAAGAGAUCAUAUUAGUGGAUUUAAACUAUAUUUUGAAAUAUUUUAUAGAUAUAAAUAGCUGAAAUCUGAUUUACGUGGUGUUGUAGAAAUAUGUUUGGCUGGUAUCUACUCAUAUUUCCUUGCACAGAAAUAGCACUGAUACCCUCGUGACAUUCAAUCUGACUUUGAUUGAGGUAGACCUCUCUUUUAGAAAUGAACCGUUCUGUUGAGACGAGACGAUUCUGGAUGAAUGAUUAUCUACCAGAGAAACUUCUUUGGCUUCAUAAAAUUCUAAGGAGAAUCAGACAGAUCAGCCUUCUAAUUGGCUCCUCUCUUUAUUUCUAUAGGUGAAUGUUGCCAUAGGAUGUUACAAACAUUCAGGUUAAAAAAAAAAACAACAAAACAAAACAAAAAAACAUUCUUCUAGAUGUUUUGCACUUUGUCUCUAGCAUGUCUUGAAUGUAAUGUUCCAUAGUGUAAGACUAUUUAGAGACAGAUUUCCCAAAUUCCCAGUCGAGUGUUGCCAUGCUUGUUCCUAUUACCUCAUUUCCUUAAAUAGUCACUUAAUCAAAAUUCCCAGACUGAAUGUGGUGAGCUAUCUUAAAAUAGAGAGCUUAGGCACAAUGUUUAGGUUGGUUGUUUUAAAGGUCUAAGGGGGAAAAAAAUCAUGCUAGGUCUACUGGGUUCUGUAAAGCACAGCAACGGGUCUGCAUUAUUGGGGAUUUUUAGUUAUUAGUCUGUUUAACUGGUCUUUUGCAAGGAAUCCAAAUGUCAAUAACUCAAGUCAAUAAAUAAUAGUAAUUCGAAUCCAACAAUUGAAUUGAAUGAAUCUUAUAUAAUUAUUAUAAAAAUGCAUUGUGAGUGGAUUUAAAAGCUGCCUGGUUUCUAAUGAUCAAUUAUAUUAUUAAUAUAAUAUUAUUCAAGACAUUUAAAUAACAAGCCUAAUAUUACAUACUUCAUAAAAUGAAUCUGUACCGAAAGGAUCAGCUUGGAAUGUGCUCACAUAAGUCGAGUCAAGAUAAGGACUUGGGUGUAUUUUUUAUUUCUUUUCUUUUCUUUUCUUUUUUUUUUUUUUACUGCAUAUCAAACAACUCAGUGUCUUUUAUAAUUUUCCGAAAAACUCUGUUGCCAUACUCUCUGUACGCAAACGUGUGCGCUUGCAUAAUGUGCCAUGUGUAAGGUAUUUUGUUGUUUUGUUUUCAACUGUCUUGAUCAGUGGAUGCCAUAGUCAUUAUAGUCAUUAACCUGGAUAUAUCAAAACCAGACUCAUCAGUUCAUUUGGUACAGGAAUACAAAUAUGAAGGCCUGGUCACGGGGAACUUUUAAUCUGUGCCAUACUUUGGCCAUAUCCACAGGAUGUAAGCAAUUCUAUGCAACCUAAAUGCAUCUGGUAUAUCAACUAUUUAUGUGUCAGAGAAAGCAUUAUGAAUAAGAACUCUUUUUUAUAUUUUUCUAUGCUUUUAUGUAUGCUUUUCUUUUUUGGUUUGUUUUUAUUUUUUAAUUUAAAGGCCUGAUUACUCAAACUUUUAUGGCUAUGAGAUUUAUGUUAUGUUAUGCUGCACUAACUAUGAAGAUAAUACAUCAAACCUUUACACUACCUUUACCCUCAUCCAAGAGCUAGAUUCCAAGAAAGAUCGGAUGUAUAUACAUUAACAUAAAUAUCGACGUGUCUCGUGAUGGGUGAUGUACAUUGUGUGUUUACAAAAGGUCUCGUGAGCCCCGUUCCCAUUUAAACCUAGCCGCAUCAAUUAGCUGAGUUUAUCGCCCACGUCAAGAUUUUUUUAGAACGUUCAUGUACAAACAUAUGCACCAACUGCUCCUAUGAAAAGUAGUCCAUGCGUAUGUUUUCUCUAUUCGAAUAUUAAUAUCCAUAUCUAAUCACGCUCCUGCUUUCAAGAUACAGUGCAUGUUUUCUCCACUUCACCACUGGCAUAGUAAAAAAAAAAGUAAAAAAAAAAGAAAAAGAAAAAAGUAUUUCUUAUCCUGUAAAUAAAACAAAGCUUUCUUUUAUACACAUAGGAUCUUUUUUGGUUAAUUUUCCAGUUCAGUACAGAGCAUGUGUGAAAGCAAACAGUGGAGUGUGAGAGAGACACUCUUGAGCACAUGCCCUACGUGGAAGGAUAAUCUCCACGCUUUGCCUAUGACCAACCCGACCCAACCUGCACAACAGACACAGAAUUAAACUGUGAUGAGAAACUUGACCCUGUUCACGCUGGUAGUAUCAGGACACCUGUGAUGUACUCACUUUGGAUGUUGCAUGUUUUGUUGGUGAUUUGUUCAUACUAUUUUUGUGUCCAGAUUCUGCUCUACGAAAAGAAAGACAAUGAGACUAAUGGGGUGUGGUGUGGUGGUGGGGGGGGGGGGAUAACUGAAAUUAUUAUCUAAGGAUGUAUGCUGACUGUACAAAGAUAUGCUUGUAUAAUCUGUCUGGUUUUCCACUCAAUGUAAACUGAAAAACAAACAAACAAACAAAAAAAAAAGAUCUAAUGUCAUGGUUUUUUGUGGUUGUACACAAACGGUAUUGAUAAAUUAUGCAAAUUGUGCUGUACAAAAGGCUGUUGCCCUAAAUAGUCUAAAUAUUAAAUAAUAUAUGUAAAAUUCUCACAGA